AUCCAUCCAUUUGACAGGCACUGGGAGUCAACUCUCUCUUGGACAAAAAGCACCUGAAGGCAUCAUUUCCCCACCAGCAGCAGCCAUCCGCAUCAACCAGCUUUCAUUCAGUGAGUGGCCGCUCCGUGGAGAACAACAGGCUACCUCCCUCUGUCCUGUGAUGCUGCACAGCUAUAGGACAAAGGACACAAAACCCCCUAUGAAUCAAGCUAUCUAACAAAGAGCCAUAAAAGCAACAUCAACAUAGGGUCCUAAAUUAGGUGAACACUGUAAAAACAACACCUUUUUGUUAUUUGUAUGUUUCUUUUUUAAUCUUAUAAACUAUUUAUUGAAAACUCUCUGUAUCACUCUGACAAUAUUAUAAAGUGUAAAGAGGUGAUGUUCGUCUGCAUUCAGUCAUGACAUCACUAUUGGCCAGUGGCUUGUAGGAAUAUUUUGGAGCAACGUUGUGACAGAGAAGAGCUGCUGUUAAUAGCCAUGUGGAAUAAAACAUGCACAUAGCUAGACUUCUGACCCAGUCCCACUUGCAGGGCAGAGUCCUCUCCAGAUCCUCUGUGCCCUCAUGUGGCACUAGUUUCUGAGUCUUCAGCGGAGUCAGGAGCUUCAUCUCCAGCUGCGACAUGACUUCAUCAGACAACGAUGAAACAGGGAGUGACCUGUCUGAGUCUCUGGAGAUCCGUGAGCUCCAGGACCAGUACAUGGACUCAGAGACCUGCUUCAAGUCCAAAAGCUUACCCAUCCUGAAUGGACCCUGUCAGCCGGAUCGAAAGGCCGCCGAGUCUCUGCUGGUCAACACUACGCACACGUGCGUGGCUGUGCAGGAGAGAAACGAGCUCCAGGCAAAAACCCCAGAUUCCAGCCAGGCAGAGACUCCCUCCUCCAGGACAGACUUCUCCCCCUCGGCCUCCAGUAUGGUGGGGCUCAGUAGCUCUUUACCUGUGGAGGGCCACAGGGCCGCUGGCGCUGGGGGUAAAAAACUUGGUUUCUCUCUCACCCGCCUUAUUCGCAUCCCAGCCAGGAAGUAUGUGCGGGUCAUCCUGAGAGACUCUCGCUGCUUCCUGUUCUGCAUGUGCUACCUGACCUUCAUUCAGUCCCUGAUGGUUUCAGGCUACCUGAGCAGCGUCAUCACCACCAUUGAGAAGCGUUACAGUCUGCGCAGCUCUGAGUCCGGCCUGCUGGUCAGCUGCUUCGACAUCGGCAGCCUGCUGGUGGUGGUCUUCAUCUCCUACUUCGGGGGCAGAGGUCAGAGGCCACGCUGGUUGGCUGUGGGUGGUGUGGUCAUUGCUGUAGGGGCGGCAUUGUUCUCCCUGCCCCACUUCAUCUCACCACCCUACCAGAUCCAGGAGAUGAACUCAUCAACAGGCCGUGAGGGACUGUGUUUGAGCGGCAACAGCAGCGGGCGCGAGCUCGAUGUGGCAUCGUGCCCUCGUGACCAGGAGGGCAAUGAGCACAACCUGUAUGUGACUCUUUUCAUCUGCGCUCAGAUACUUGUGGGCAUGGGGUCGACGCCAAUCUACACCCUGGGGCCCACCUACCUGGAUGACAAUGUGAAGAAAGAAAAUGCAUCUCUCUACCUCGCCAUCAUGUAUGUGAUGGGAGCCCUGGGACCUGCAGCUGGCUACCUGCUAGGAGGCGUCCUCAUCGGCUUCUACGUCGACCCCAAAACUGUAGUCAACAUCGACCAGAGUGACCCCCGCUUUGUUGGCAACUGGUGGAGCGGCUUUCUCUUGUGUGCCAUUGCCAUGCUCCUGGUCAUCUUUCCAAUGUUUGCCUUCCCCAAAAAGCUGCCCCCACGCCACAAAAAGAGGAGGAAGAAAAAGAUCAGCUCGCCUGGUGACGUGUCCAGCGAUGAUGAUGUGAUGAAGGAAAAGUCUAAUAGCAAAGGCCAGAACGUGUCCUCCUCCAUGGGCUUCGGAAAGGACAUCAAAGACCUCCCCAAGGCAGCGCUGAGGAUCCUCAGCAACAUGACCUUUCUGUUCGUCAGCCUGUCCUACACGGCAGAGUGUGCCAUCGUCACCGCCUUCAUCACCUUCAUCCCCAAGUUUAUCGAGUCACAGUUUGGUAUCCCCGCCUCCAACGCCAGCAUAUAUACUGGUGUGAUCAUCGUACCAAGUGCCGGGGUUGGUAUCGUGCUAGGGGGCUACAUCAUCAAGAAGCUGAAGCUCGGCGCCAGAGAGUCAGCCAAGCUGGCCAUGAUCUGCAGCGGGGUGUCUUUGCUUUGCUUCUCCACACUCUUCAUAGUGGGCUGCGAGAGCAUCAAUUUAGGAGGCAUCAACAUACCCUACACCACUGGCCCAACCCUAACCAUGACCCACAGGAACCUGACAGGCAGUUGCAACGUGAACUGUGGCUGCAGGAUCCAUGAGUACGCUCCGGUCUGCGGCUCUGACGGCAUCACCUAUUUCAACCCCUGUCUGGCUGGAUGCAGCACAGUGGGCAACGAUAGUACUGGGAUUAGGAACUACACAGACUGCGGCUGUGUGCAGAGCAGACAGGUCAUCACACCGUCCUCGGGCGGCCAGGUCAACCAGCUCCAGCUGGUCAUCGUUAAAACCUACCUGAAUGAGAAUGGCUACGCCGUGUCGGGGAAGUGCGACCGCACCUGCAACACUCUCAUCCCUUUCCUCAUCUUCCUCUUCAUUGUCACUCUAAUCACCGCCUGUGCCCAGCCCUCCGCCAUCAUCGUCACACUCAGGUCUGUUGAUGAACAGGAGAGGCCUUUCGCUCUCGGGAUGCAGUUUGUCUUGCUUCGAACUCUUGCCUACAUCCCCACGCCCAUCUACUUCGGUGCUGUCAUCGACACCACCUGCAUGCUGUGGCAGCAGGACUGCGGCGUGCAUGGCUCCUGCUGGGAAUAUGACGUCACCUCAUUCCGCUUUGUCUACUUUGGCCUGGCCGCCAGCCUCAAAUUUGUCGGCUUCAUCUUCAUCUUCCUCACCUGGUACUCUAUCAAGCACAAGGAGGAUCGAGCAGAGCGCUGGCGCCAGCACCUGCCUCCGCUGGGCACCGUCAGCGAGCUCAUCUGCCACGCCGGAGGCCACAAAAGCCACGCACGCACCCGCUCUUGCCCCGUGUUCAUCCCACCUCGGCCAGACCAGCCCGCGGCCCUGCUGCUCAACCGCGGCCACAGCAGCCUCAGCUGCCCCGGCAACGCCCUCAAAGCAAUAACUCCGCCCAUCCUCUUGCCACAUCACCACAGAGGCUCCGCACACGUGUGAGAGCACUCCAAGCCUCCCGCCAGGGUCCAUUGUGACUUGUGCCUUCCUGUUUGUGUGUCUGCGCCACAAAGUGUCUGCUUCACACCAAUCAGACGCCAGGCGGGGCUCCACAGCUGCUGUAGAAAUAACAGGCAGUGACACAGGUGCGCCCACCAUAUUUAAAGGGCUGCUCAUUUUUGUUUGUAAUAACAGGGGACUGACGGAUUAUUCUGAGCAUAUCAUCAGCUGCAGCCACACACAGCAUCCACACAGACGCUCAGACCUCCACCCGAAGGUUCGGACAAUGUAAAGACAUCACAUGGUGCUACUGUUAAAGGGCAGGGCAUUAAAAUCUCUGAACAGACAGAUGAGUCAUCAUCAACAUGGCCACUAAAGCACAAACGACAAACCUGUACUAUGCAAGAUCCAGUGUACAGCCCCCCCCCACACACACCUCAGUACUGUACAGCUCCCUCUGUAUUCUACACCUGUACCUCUCCUGCCCCGCUCACACACCUUGUUGUCAGCUCAUCCCAUUUUCCCUUACAGUCUGAGCUGUCGACAUAUCAGCAACCUCUCUUGUAUUUGAGCCAUUCCACCUGCUCUCUCCUCUGUCUGGAUCUCCAGAAUUAACAAAAGUGGGAUUUUUUUUAAUCCUCACCUCUUUUUUUCUUUCCUUUUUUGUAACAGUGCCUCUCAGGCUGUCUCGGCCAGUCCAGUAUACAAAGCUAGCUACCAGGGUAAACGCUAGCUACCGAAAAGCCAGUCACUGUCCUUUCACUUGAGCGACAGUAUUCUGCUUUGUUGCCCUCGAGUCCUUGUGUCGUUGGACAAAGCUCCUCGCCUUGGCAAGGUAACCAUGUAGCUUAAAGCCGACAAACCCCAAUGGUACAGUGACUUUUAUGAAAUCUAUAUUUCAUCACACUACUUCAUUAUUAUAAUGUAUAAUAAUUAGCUACAUGUCAAACAGGAGAAAGGAAUAAGAAAGGUAUCUCAUCUCUGACCAUGUGCUGAAGCUACUGUAUGUCCAAAAGAUGUUUGUAUUUGUAACUGGAAAUGCUAUGGAGAUUUUAAGAACAUUUGCAACAAAUUUGAUCCACUUUUAAAGUUUCUCAAAGUAAAAUGAUUUGUAUUUAAUCUACUGCAACAAUCAGACAAAUGAAAGGAUGCAUCAUUUUGGCUUUAUAUUGUAUGGCUUCUCCAUUCUAAUGGUCAUCAGAUGUACAUAGUAGUUAUCGAGUAGUCUUUUAAGAAAGUAGUGCAGCGAGCAUGUAAAACAAUGAACCCUCUUUUAUCAGCAGGAGUAAUCUGAUGUUGAUUAUUCGGCUCGUGGGUGUUUGGGGCCCUCUAGUGGACAGAGAGAUGAUUGUUUGAAGGCCAGUGAAUGUUGCCGUUUGUUAGACCUACUGUACUAUAAAUUUCUUGGUUAAAAGGUUAAUUAUUAAACUUAAUCACUGCACUGAAUUCAGCACUCCAGUUUCCCAAAGAUACACCUUCUGCAGGCAGAUUUAAUAAAAAAAUAUGGUCUGCUAGUUUGGUGGAAGUCUACAAUAUUCAUUAUAUCAGAUGUUUUAAUAGGAUUGUCUGAUUUUCUUUUAUUUCGAGCUCAUGUUAUUUAGCAUCUUGAAGAUUUACCUUCCUUUGAAUGAGAGGAAUUGUUUUCAGAGAAAAGGAAGAGGAGGUAAUAUGGCCUUUUUUCAUGUUUAAAAUUUUUUGUUCAGUAUUAGAUAUUAGUUCAUGUCUUGAAAACCACAUUUUUAUGAGGUUUUUUUUUCUGAGGGGGAAAUAUAAGAUGAGUCUAAUAAAGUUAUUGUAUUUCAUAUUCUGAUCAGUUCGACUUUUAGUUAUUAAAAGUUUGCAAAGGAAUGGAAAAUCUGAUGCAGUGAAUACAUUUUAAAAGUUAACAUUUUAUGGCCGAGAUUCGUGGUAUUCUGCUGGGGUAAAGAUUAUCAUUAAUAAUAAUGGCAGUGACUAAUUUUAGCAUUAUUGUGACUUAGUACCUCAAAUUACAUAUUCAUAAGUGAUCAUUGUGUAAAUAUUGACAAAGCAAAUGAAGCGUAUUAAAGAGCUCACAAAUAGUUAGAAGCGUAUUUAUGAACUAACCUGUGACAUUGUAGUUACAAAGAAAAAUAGGACUUAAAGCUACAAAAAAAAAACAAAAAAACAACGGUGGAUUUGUCUCACGGUGCCUGAACAGUAUUAAUCACAUGGGAAGGGUUGAGUUCAUCAUGGUGGGGGGGAGCUGGGUUAUUGAAAUGUAUUUUUUUUCUGUCAAGAGGAGUACAGCAUUGAAUUCGUUUAAAUGCUAAGGUUAUGCUACCCAGAAUGCCCUUCUUUCAAUCUGUAAUGAUUCUUUAUCUUUCUUCUAGUGCUCUGUAUACAUCACAGCCUCAAAAGAGGAAUACCAAUGUAGGACUAUUGAUCAGGUCCCCUGCUUAUGUGACUGGAAAGAUAAAACAUGAUCCUUGCUGAGUCAUCAUACCAUUAAAGGAAAAAUUCAUCCCCCAUUUGUAUAUUAAUCACUCAGCGCGAGUUACACUGAAUUUGUGAAGAAAACUGGUGAAUGAUGAAUUAAAGUCAUAGGGAUUGUUUUACAACAGCAAAAUUCUAUCAAAACCUCUGUUUUCAAACUAUCACACAACUUUUGCAGUGUAAUCCAAGACUGCUCAGUGGGUCCCGACCAGACAGCCAUCUCUGACAGGAAAGCUGCAUUUUAACCUCGCUGAGCGCAGAAGCUGCUGGUCUUCAACAACCUCGAUCUGUAGUUUGUGUUCUUGUGUGACUUUGGUGAUUUAAAGGGUUAGUUUGGCUUCACUAAAGUCACACAAUAACACAAAUAAACUAACUGAUCGCAGCAGUAGUAGACCUGGAGCUCCUGUGGACAGCAAGGUAAAAUUACUGGCUUUGGAGACUGGCUUUGAAGAGAGCAUUAGACUUUUAGUUUAGUUCCCUGUUGGAAAGGGCUGCAGGUUUAGGAAUUACUGAGCAUACGACAGGAUAAAUGAGAGUUGAAUUACACUGCUGAAGUUGUGUGAAAGUUUGCAAACAGAUGUUUUGAUAUAGUUUUGCUUUUCUUAACUCUUUGAAUCCUGUAUCUAUAUCACUUUUCUCGUGCUGCGUUCAGAUACCUUCACAAGUAUUUAAACCUCGAAACCCUGGCUUGAUUUCUUAUGAAAAUAUGGGAAACAGUCAAUAAACAACUUGGUAAGAAGUGUUCUGCGA